AUGUCGCAAAUUGCUUCCAAGAACAUUUACGAGCUGCUGGGCAAUGACCCCGAGCUCGACCCCGACAGGCCGGCUGACCCACCGACGAGGGCAAUCGAGAAGCCCGUCAUGAGGCACGGCAAGCGCGAGGGAACCGAUGCCCCCAAGCCCAUGCCCGAGAGGAUGAGCAACCAGAACCGUGCCAAGCAGUCCGACAACGCCAACGACAACGCAUUCCGGGAUCGCGGCGUCGGCUCUGACAAGAACCGCGGCAGGGGAUCUGGCGAGCCUACCAGCACUGGAGGUCGUGGUGGACAGCGUGGCCGCGGUCGCGGUGGACGCGGCGGUCGCGGAGGCGCUGCUCAGGGUGACCGUCAUAGCAGGACUGGCAUCGCCGAGCACGACAAGCAGGCCGCACACGGCUGGGGCGGAAAGGACGGCGAUGCCGAGUUGGCUGACGAGCAGGCUGGAGAGGCCAUGGCUCAGGCUGAAGAGAAGGACGCCAUCAAGGAGGACGCUGAGGGCGAGGCCGAUGCCGAGCCUGAGGACAAGAGCAAGUCCUACGCCGCCUACCUCGCUGAGCUCGCCGAGAAGAAGCUCUCUCUCGCCGCCCAGAACGUCCGCAAGGCCAACGAGGGCAGCAGCACCAAGUUCCCCGAGGGCACUGCUCUCGCCCGUGAGGAGCAAGAGGACUUCAUGGCCGGUUCCCAAGGCAAGGCCAAGCGCGAGCGCGCCCGCAAGGAGAAGGUCCACGUCGAGCUCGACGGUGACCGCAUGCUUGCUCCCCCUCCCCGUGAGGGCGGUAGCCGAGGAGGACGCGGCCGUGGCGAAGGUCGUGGCGAGUUCCGCGGUCGUGGCCGUGGCGGCGGUGAAUUCCGUGGCGAGGGACGUGGUCGCGGCGAAGGUCGUGGCGAGUUCCGCGGACGUGGCCGUGGCGGUGAGGGUCGUGGACGUGGCGAGGCCCGUGGUCGUGGAGGCCGCGGCGGUGCCCAGUCCAACAUCAACAUCACCGAUUCCAGCGCCUUCCCCAGCCUGGGCGCAUAG